AUGAAAGACAAAAGCUAUGAAAGAGGCAGCCAGGCAGAGGGAGAAGCGGAGAAAAGCACCCGAUGGGACAUUCUUGUGAGUGUGCAUCGCGUGCGGAAAUACAUUAAGUCCCUAAGCAUUUGGAGCUUUCUCAACAACUACGAGACAAAUUUGGCUAAGAAGAGGUAUCUUGUUCUGGGGCUGGAGGGCAUUAUUCUCUGCUCCUCCUUGAAUCCGCCCAAACGCAGGGUUGAUCACAUAGUGCAGUACAAAAUAAACAAUAAGAUGUGCACGCACUUUGUGGUCUUCCGCCCUAUGCUGGAAGAGUUCCUUCGGAUGGUGUCGCGGUGGUACACAAUCAUUUUGUACACCACUAAGGAAAAGGAGUUUGCAGACGGGGUGGCAAGCUAUCUGGAGCGAAAACAUCCCGUCUUUGAAAAGUGCCUCUACCGAAAUGACUGCGACUAUGCAGACGACAGGCUGCUGCUGGAUUUGGACAAGGUGUCAACAGACCUUUCGUCGGUUGUUGUGCUGGACUAUAAGUUUGGACAGCACACAAACACUCUGCCAAUAAAGCAGUUUUGCGGAAGUCCAAAGGACAGAAGCCUUUUGUCAAGUGGGCUUAUUCUAGACUGCCUCCGCUUUUGCUCUGAUGUCCGGAGUAUUUUAGAGCUUGCGCAUCUCUAG